GGUAAAGGGUGGUUUUUCCCUGUUGGCGUAUAAUUUGCAGCACAUAUGCAUCUCAUGCAGUAGCAGCAAAAACACUCGAGUUUUCUCCGUAACAACAGUUAUUAUUUCUGAUCAUCACCGCAUCUUUCUCUGCACUAGAUAUGAAUUAUAACAACAAAGACAAGGCUCCUUGGAAUUGGCAUAAGGAGGAUGAUUACGGUCUCCAGAGGUCGUCAAAUUUUGACAUUUCGCAAGAGCUGUGGAAUCAAGUUCCUCGAAAUGAAGAUCUUCCUAUCGUGCUUGAUGAUGAAACAACCCCUGUGAAGGCUUGCGGGGAUUUUGCAUACAAUAUCAAUAAUGGUGAAUCAAAUGAUAUUCAAAAGGAAGAGGUGGAAAGUUCGGAGACUUGUUCACAAGCCAAGAGACGGAGGAUGCUGCAGUUCAACAAUCAGAACGGGAAUCAUUCCCUUACUGAUGUACAAAUGUCUUCGGCAUAUUUGGAAUUAAAUGGGACGGGCAACUCCAAUGCGGAUAUUUUCCCGGAAGUGUCACAAUGGCUAUCUGACGUUUCAGAUAGUGCUUCUGCUCCCAAUUACGAGGACUUACAGUCAGCUGAAAGGUGGCUUGCAGACUGCUUCAAGGAUACUGAUAUGCAAAUAUGUCCUGUGAAUCCGAAUUUUUCUGUGGCAAAUAAUGUUCAUGCUGAUGUUACUGGGCUCUCCAACUUAACACCACCACCAGUUGAGCAGAUUGUGGUUCAGCAUCAAACUCCAAGAAAAAUUGUUUUCAAAGGUCGAAAAUCUAUGAUGCAAACACCGACAAAGUUAGCUUCUACUGUGGCCUAUCCAUUUGCCUUCAUCAAACCCUGCGGUGUCCAUGGAGAUGUCACUCUGAAUGAAAUAAAUAAGCGCAUUCAGGCUCCACCUCCUUCAAAAUCAAAGCAAAUGAAAGAAGAUCCCAUAGUUUACCCGAAAUCGGCUUUUUCUGGUAAACCUGUAGUUGGAAAGACAAAGAUUCGCACCGAAGGGGGAAAAGGUAGCAUCACAAUUAUGAGAACUAGAGGCUAGGAUUUGAACUCAGGGAAGAUAAUUGGCAGUGCUAAGGAGAGUGGAGGACUCUACUACCUUGACAUUGGAUCUGCAUCACAACUACCUUCAAAAACAAUAAGUUCCUGCUUUGAGUCUUUUUCAGUUUUGAAUAACAAAGAUGACAACAUUAUGGUAUGGCAUUUAAGGUUAGGUCAUCCUAGUUUUCGUUUCUUAAAACACUUGUUUCCUAAGAUAUUUCACAAUAAGAAGUUCUUCGUUUAAAUGUGAAGCAUGUGAAUUUGCAAAGCAUCAUCG